CAUUACCCCCCUUGAAAUUAGGUUAGAAUCAGCAAAAAUGUAUUACUUUGGUUAUUUCAUCAUAAACAAAAAAUGUAUAGUUAAAUCAGUUAAAUUACAUGGUGGUAAAGAGUCAUACUUACAGAAUGUACAUCUACAGUUACAAUGUGUGUAAAUAUUUUUCCUUUGAUUUGUGUUUUAUUUUUUCAUUGUUAUUGCACUGGUGGAAUUCCCCGAUUUGAUAACACACACAUCAUAAGUCUGCUGAAAAAAAUUGAAAAUCUACAUGUCAGUUAACCUUUAGUAUCUUAUACAUUAAAAUAAUAGGAAAUUAAAUAACGAUUAUAAAAUAUCAAAUACAAUAAAAAAAAAUGGAAAAAACACCUAUUGCCUUAUUAGGAGAGUAUACGGUGAAAAGAAAUCCUCCUUUACCUAAUUAUAUAUACCUUGGCGAUAGAAUGAUUGGGGCAAAUGAUCAUGAAUUCUCUUUCAAAAUUAUAUAUCAUGAAUUUUCUGUUAUCGGAAAAGGUCCAACAAAACAAAUGGCAAAACACAAUGCAGCACAAGAAAUGCUUACACUAUUAGGACAAAAUAAUUCCUCUAACAAUAAUAUUAAAUCAUUACUAACAUCAACAAAUUCUUUAAAUAUACAAAAUGAAUCUCCAGAAACAGGAAUUAAUUACAUUGGAUUAAUACACGAGUUAUGUGCAAAGAAAAAAAUAAAAUCACCUGAAUUCAAUGAGAAAAUUUCAUGUGGACCACAUCAUAUGAAUUUUAAGAUAAAAUGUCAAGUUGGUGAUAUUAUAGAAGAAGGAAUUGAGAGAACAAAAAAACAAGCUAAAAGUGAGGCAGCAAAAAAAGUAUGGUUCAAAUUAAAGGAAAAAUAUAAGAUUUUUGUAAGGGAGAAAGUAGAAACAGUUAAUGAGGAAUUUGGUCUUAAUGUAGAGGACAUUAUAAUAGAGGACAUUCUUCCUGAUUACAAAAAUGAAAACAAAAUUGCUCUUGAAAAUUAUUUAAAAUUAACAAAAUUAACAAUUACACCUCUAUUGAGCGAAAAUAUAAACAUUGAAAAUUGUCAUCGAAUUUUUACAUCGGAAAAAUAUGAUACAACUAUCAGGCAAAGAAUUCUUCAUUUAUUAGCUGAUAUUAGUACAAUAUCAGAAAAUACUACAUUUAUUGAAAAAUAUCUUUUGAUAAUUAAUCGAAUUGCUAAAAUUUUAAAUGUUGAAUUAAAACCAUUAAAUUUACAAUUAAAUCGUUUUGCAAACACUCAAAAUGUUAGUGUCAAUUAUGCAGCUGGUUAUAAAUUAUAUACAGAACCGGCUAUUACCGGUAUUGGUGUUGGUGAAACAUUGACAUUAGCUCGAUUAAGAGCAAUUUUAAGUAUUCAAAGUAGCAUAAAAGUCUUAUUAAUUUAAAUAAUUUACAUGAGUUCCAAAUCGUUAAGAGUAUUAAUAAUUCUAAUUUAUUUUAAGUUUAACAAGUUCUGUUUUAUUGUUGAUAUUUUAUACUUUUUCUUUUAUAUAAAAUGAAAAUAGAUUUUAGAAAAAAGUAUAGUAUAUUAUUUUUAUUAAAAUAUAAUAAUCUUUCAAGUUUAUUACACUUUUUUCUAUUUAAUAUUAUCAUUUAUUAUGUAAGGAUAUAACAAAGACUUAUUUAGUAUGCUUGAAAAAAAAUAUUAAGAAUUUCUUUUUUUUUUAUUAAAGUAUAGGAUGGGCCGCAAUUUUACUUUUUUUUGAACUAUUCGCUAUAUUGGAUCCGCCAUUUUGACUUUUUCAAGUCUUUGCCGAAUUUUUAAUUUAAAAACCAGAUGCGCCAAAUAUAAUGGUAUAAUAAUGAUUAUGAUGAAAAAUCAAAUGAUUAGAUUCGACGAAUGUUUCAUUGUAAGCCGAUAUAUAUUUUCCAAAAAUUGUUUUCUUAAUUUACUGUAUUAUAAAUGUUUAUCUUGUGAUAUAUUUAUAGAAAAACAAAAUUUGACGAAAGUUUUCUCAAUCGAAAAAAAUUUGUAAAUUUGCAUGGGAAAAAUCAAGCAAAAUUCUUUUUUCAAUAAAUAUUAAAUCUAUUUGUAACUUGAUAAAUGUGAUCUAUUUUCUUGAAAUAAAUGUAUUUUUUAAUAAAAAUUUCAGAUAAUAAAA